GAUAUUAAAAAAUGUGAGAUUCGUUUCUACUGUUCCUACAGCCUCUCCGUUAGUCCGACUUCUUAAACAGUGAAUAAAAUUUGACAUAAAUGUGCAAUCACUACAAAAAAGCUGGUUGCAAAAUUUAUAUUUGUGUAAUGUAGCUGUGUGAAUUUUAGACAAGACAAUAUUAACAAAAUACAUUAUUCAAUAAGACGUUCAAGCAACGAGGGACUUUGAAUAAUUAUGUAGCCGAGCAAUGAGAAAAUAGGUAAUUAUCAGCGCCAUCUAUAAUUUUUUUUUUGGAGAACGUAACCUGGAAAAUCUCUCAUUGGGACAAAGGGCAAAAGUAUAAGUAUAAAUAAAUAAUCGUUGUUUCGUCUUUACGUAGUAAUUUCAGAGGAUGUAACUCGCCAGACAUUACCAUUAUAUUACGAGAUCCCACGUCACUGAAUGCAUAACAACAUUUACUAUCAGAAAGUUAUUUACGUCACAUGAGUCUAUCUACUUAAAUACUAUUUAUUGCUUUGCUUACUUAAACAUAAUUGUAUGAAAUACCAUCUUACGUACUUAUUUAACCGACAAUUUGUUAAUUUAAUCCCAUUUUGACAUUGAAAUGUUAGCGUAAAUUACCUAGACUAUUUUUAUAUUUUAUUUUGUGACGAUCAUAGUGGAAUUAAGUAACACUUUAACGUAAUUAUAAUUAGGUACCGUCCACAUGUCUUUUGCUUACUUGCACUAUUUUUUUAAGGUAGAAGAUAUACAUAUAUGUAACUCAACCAACUCAGUAAGUCUUUUUGUGGGGGUAUUUUUUUAAAGUCUUCGUAAUAGAUGGGAAGAAUGGUGAGUCGAGAGAUGGCUAAGUUCUCUUAAACAUGAACAGCACAUGCGUCGAUAGCGUUUGUCGAUCGAGCUGCGUAGACAAAUUUCGUAGGGCGGAACUGAAUACAACAGCGGUCUGGCCAAGUGGUACUGCCAGGAUUAAAGUGAAAAUGCUGCAGUUUACGGUCGUCCUCUCUUUAGUGUUUGUGGAAUUGUUGCGUUUUAGCAUCGCAAUGGAAUUACCGUCAUACAUAAAAUCGUGCUCACGAAAUGACCCGGACCUUAACGAGUGUGCUUUGAAGUCUGCGCGUGAGUCGCUACAUCAGUUCUCUCUCGGAGACCCGGCCCGAGAACUGCCGGCUCUAGAUCCUCUAUACGUGGAAGAAAUGACUGUCUAUGUGCCUAAUGAGAAUGGACUGAAACUGACUUUCAAGGAGAAUUACUUUCACGGCCUUUCCGUAUUGCAGCUCAAUGAUUUGAAGUUCGAUUUAAACAAAAAGAUAAUAACAGCAGAUGCCCUAGUGAAUUUGGACGUGAAAAACAAGUAUGAUUUAAGCGGGAAAAUUUUGGUUAUCCCGAUAAAAUCCAAUGGAGAUUCCUCAAUAAAAUUAAAAAACACUGUUCUUCAUAUACGGUUUUGGUACGAGCAUGUCGAAGGCUCAGAUGGCAAGAUCCACUGGAAAAUUAACAAACAUGACAUCAAGUAUGAAGUUGAAAAGGCUUACUUUAGAUUGGAAAACCUUCUCGGGGACAAAAAUGUUGGUGACCAAGUGAACAAAGUCUUAAACGACUUUUGGAAGGAGAUUGUCGCGGACGUCGGUCCUGCGAUCUGCAAAUCCCUGAGCGAAGCAGUCGUGAAGAAUCUAUCUGUUCUUCUAGAACAAGUAUCCUAUGACGAACUUAUGCCGGAAUAAAUAUAAUAUAGUAAUAUAAGAGUACCUAAUAA